GCACGCGAUAACUCGAGACAUGCAGCGUGCAGGAGGAGGCAGCGCUCUUCAGGCUCGCGCUCUGUUCGGAGGAUCCUUCUCAGCGGUCAUCCCCUCCGGCGCCUCGGACGUCAGCGAGCUGAGGAAGAUCCCGGACAACCAGGAGGUUUUCGCUCACCCCCACACCGACCAAUGCCUGAUCGUGGAGCUGCUGGAGUACCAGGCUCAGGUGGCCGACGAGGAUGCGGCCAGGUUCCACUUCGAGGAUGUCGCUGGCUGCAACCAGGCUCUGGAGCCCGGUGCGCUCGAGGUCUCCGGCGUGGCGGCGCUGCCCAGAGCCGAGCUGUCCCUGAAGGAGUGCAGCUGCGCGUGCAUGCUCACGGGAGCGCAGCGCGUGUCCAAGUUCAACGAAGAGGCGAAGAACACGGUGGCCAUUCACCUGGGUCUGUUCCGGCUGCCGCAGUUCUCCACAGAUGUUCUGGUGACCUUCAACGACCCGCAGAGCAUCAGCCCCCACAGCAGCAGCGCGUCUGCAGCGGACACGCGUGGAGAGCCGUGGACCCUGCUCGACUUCCAGCGCCUCUUAAACACUCUGAGCCUGCACGAUCCUGGCCUGUUCGGAUAGACUGUAACUUUUAACACACUGUGCGACUAGGCCUGUUUGUACUUUUACUUCUGAUGGAUAAGAUGAAAAAUAUAAAAACAGAUAAUUAAUUAACACAACAGGCAGGACAGUGUGGGCCUCAUGCUUUAAAUGCACCUUUUGUUAUAGCAGUUAAAAUUAACCCCAGUCAAAUAAUUAGAUGUUUUACUUUUGUAAUAUUUAUCUUCCAAGUGAGGGCAUUGCUUAAAUGUAAAUUUGGUUAAAAUUUAUAGUUUAAUGCAAAGUGUCUAGGCCUGAUUUUGUUUUGUUUCCA